CCAAAGGAGAGCCUGGUCUGAAGGGUCCCACCGGACCACCGGGCCCACGGGGCAUCAGAGGGAUUCCAGGAGCCCAAGGGUCCCCGGGACCACAGGGCGAAUAUGGACGUGAUGGUGCCCCUGGGCCACCGGGGGUUCCGGGACCCCAAGGUCUGACGGGCGCUGUGGGAGCGCAAGGGGUGAAUGGUUCUCGGGGAGAUCUAGGACCUCCAGGGGCUGCUGGCCCCCGGGGACCCCAGGGUCCACAAGGGCUGGAAGGACCAAGCGGACCUCGAGGACCCCGUGGUCAACAGGGUCAACGUGGGGCAGAAGGUUCUCCUGGACCCAAGGGCAACACUGGACCAGCGGGGCCCACAGGGGCCAGGGGCGAUCCAGGAUUUCAGGGGCUGGCGGGGCCAAUGGGAACACAUGGUCCUCAGGGAUCUCCAGGUGACAGAGGGAUCAGGGGCCGUGAUGGAGACACAGGGGACCCAGGACCAAAAGGAGAUAGGGGUUACAGGGGCCUUUCAGGAAUUGUAGGGCCUCAGGGAGAGAGAGGUCCAAGUGGCUACCUAGGCUUUCCUGGAGUUAAAGGUCAUCCGGGUCCCAAAGGGAUGCAGGGUGAACAUGGAGAAGCAGGUCCCCAGGGAAAAAUUGGCAAAGAGGGGCCAAAGGGAACCCGAGGAGCUGAUGGCCGGCCUGGCAAGCCAGGAGCCAGAGGGCCACGGGGUCGCACCGGACAGCGGGGACACGCCGGGUUACCGGGGAUGCCGGGUUUACAGGGCUUGCCUGGGACCCAGGGACCAGAAGGAAAGCCUGGGGCUGCCAGGGGCAGUAGGGAAUCCGGGUAUAAGAGGGCCUAGGGGAUUCCAGGGUUUGGCUGGGGAGCCAGGGCAAGAGGGGCCUCCAGGAGCCCCUGGCUCCCCUGGAAGGCC